AUGUCCGGGCCAGGUGGGGAGGUAAAUGAGCCCAGGUGGCUCGCCUGGCCUGCGAUACCCAGGAGAGGAAACCUUGCAAUCAACAGCAACAAAAACCUAGCAUCCAUGGUGAUGGAUCGUGUCACAUGUCCACCGAGUGUUUGCGUUCUAAGUGCUGUGCAUACUGAGGCGAUAGCUCACCUCCUGCUCGACUGUGAUAGAUCACAGAUAGCCAAAAAGCUGCAUGAGCGCUGCCAGUUUGGGGAAAUGUGCUGUAACUGUAGACCCCAGGUCAUCACUGUCCCAUCUUUUACCAGCUUAAACUGCCACACGGAGACACUUUUAGGAGUUGGGCCACGUUUGCUAAUGUGGAUCCUCUUUCCAAAUGGCAACGAUAAGCGACGCCGAAGUGCGCCCUGA